CGGCCGGGCCAGGCCCCUCACUUACCGCCCCCCCCCCACCCGGGCUCCCCUACACACACCGCGCAUGCGCGGCCACCCUGCUCUCCCCUCAGCACCCCGCCUGUCCGCCCUCAGUCCGGGCGCACGCGUGCCGCUGCCAGCUUCACCUCCGCCAAGUGCGCCUGCGCAACCCGCCGAGCGUGCCUGGGAGGGCGGGGGGGAGCGAUGGCGUAGCCCCGCCCAUUCUAUGCGCUGUCACCUAGCAACGCGUUUCCCUGGCAACCGCGGCCGCGACGCUGGGCCACAAGAUGGCGGCCCCGGAGAGCAUCUAUAACCUCCUGCCCCGCCUGCAGGAGCGGCCCGCCAAGCCGCCCAGGUAUAUAUCAACAUUUAGACCGUCUGUGAAACAUGAAACAGAGAAAAGUAAAGCUCAGUGGAAAACUAUGGGGCCAGCAAAAGUUGCAGUGCCAUCUCCAAAAAACUUUCUGAAGAAACAUUCAAAGGAACCCAAGCUACCAGCGAGAAAAAAAGAACAGGAUAGUAAGAAAUUGCCUGCAUUAUCAGUCCCACGGAGGACAGAUCACCCAGUUAUGGGAAUUCAGAGUAAAAAGAAUUUUAUAAAUACAAAUGCAGUUGCUGCUAUCACAGGAUUGCCUAAAAAGCCUCAACCUAUUUAUGUUGAUAGAAGACAAGGAGACAAAUAUCUGCUUGAAACUUCAGGACUUGUUCCAAAAUAUAUUAAAAAAAAGGAUUAUGGCAUUACACCAAAAUAUGUGACACGGAGAACUGAAGAAAUGAAGAGAGCUCAGAAAGAACAUGAGACCCAUGUCUUGGAGUAUCUCAAGAAAAAAGCCAUGAAGCAGUUAUCUGAUGAAGAAAGGGAAAAUCUUCUACAGGGGCUGAAAAAGAACUGGGAGGAAGUGCAUCAUGAAUUUCAGUGUCUUUCGGUAGAAAUAGACACCGUACCCAAGAAGUUGCAUAAAGAAAAGCUGGAAUCACAGAUGAAACAACUGGAGCAUGACAUAGAUGUAAUUGAGAAGCACAAAGUUAUCUACAUUGCAAAUGAGGCAGCCUUUCUCCAAGCUCUAUCUUCAGAACUGUAGGUCCUUGCUAUGGUAUUGUGUGGAACUCCCUAGAGGCAGCUCAGGUUGAGACCUGGUGUGCAGACCUGAGAGCGGAACUUUUACUGUGGUAUUUAUAAACUAAGGGAAAUUAUAAUGUUCUUUAGUUACAAAACAUUCUAAACUGUCUUCUUGGUUUAAAAACAAAAUAAAACAAAAACCUAGCAUAUAAAAGCAUGUCAUCUCAGACAUUCCUUAACAUUUCAACAUUAAAAUGCUUCUUGUAACUUUGAUUUUAUUUACAGUUCAAUAGAUUUUCUUCAGCAGGAUCUUCCAACCUCCCCCAACUUGACUUUAUGGCAUUUUUAUAGUGACACAAGCUGCUGGAGGUUUUUUCUGAGGUUUUCAAUAUAUUCUGAGCACUUGCUGAGAAGGCAAGUUGUGUAACUAAGCAAAUGUGUUAAGUAUGUAAUUCAAACUUACUGCUGCCAAUGGUAACCUUUCUACUGAGUGUGACAGUUGGCACAUGAUUAAAAAAAAUUGAUGGGAAACUAAAGCAGACCCAAGAUAG